AUGACUGAGCCAGCACCAGUUUAUACAAGAAGAGAAUACAUAAAGGGUUAUUACUACGGUUUUUUCCCAAUCAAGCCAACUUUCUUGCCAAAAGAUUAUCCAGAUUUAUCUGGCAAGACAGCAAUUGUUACUGGUUCUAACUCAGGGAUUGGUUUCCAUACAAUGCGAUUCUUAUAUGAGAAAAAUUGUAAUGUCAUCUCUGUGGUUAGAAGCGAAUCAAAAGGUGAAGUUGCAAAGGAUAAGAUAGUCAAAGAAUUUCCAGAUUCAAAGGGAUCUAUAACAACUGUGAGUGGUUGUGAUUUCUUGGAUUUGGCUAACGUCAAACCUGUGGGUCUAAAGAUUAAAGAAAUAUUGAAAGGCAAACCAUUGAAUAUCAUUAUUCAUAAUGCAGGUAUUAUGCCUCUAAUCAAUACUGAAACUUCUAAGCAAGGGAUUGAAGCUAUCUUCCAAGUUAAUGUUAUGGGUCCACAACUAUUACAAUCCUUCUUAGAUCCAUUAUUCUUGAAGAAGGAUGAUCCAUUGAAAAGAAUUGUUUGGGUAGCUUCAGGGGCCCAUCUAUCUGGGUUCCCAGAAUAUGGUAUCCACUGGGAAGAUCCAGGCUUUGAAAAAACACCUGUUGCAGAAAGGCCACCUGCCUUUACCUUAUAUGGUCAAACUAAAGCUGCAAAUGUUUUGCAAGCACAUGCAUGGGCUACUGUUAACAAGAAAUUGGUAGAAGAUGUUGGAUGUGUUUCUGUAUCUGUCUAUCCAGGUAAUUUAAAGACUAAUUUAGAGUCAGUUCAAAAAAAUAAUUGGAUUAUGAGAACUAUUAUUAAUAAAUUUUGCUAUGAUGGUGAGCAUGGUGCGUACACAGAAUUGUACGCUGCUCUUUCUCCUAAAUUAACCGUAAAGGACCAAGGUGCUUACGUGGUUCCUUAUGGUGAUGUCAGAGAACCAAGAAGUGAUGUGGCAAUGGCAAUGAAAAAUGGUUCUGACGUUAAAUUGUGGAAUAUAGUAGAAGAAAAAAAUGCACCUUAUAAAUAA